ACGGCGACGAAAUUCCACGAAAAGUUUCCUUAAUAUUCAGUGAACUGAAUACACGUCGGCUUAAAAUGUUUUUCAAUAGCGAUGAUAUAGAAUACAGACUUUAUACGAGAUCUAACCCAGAAGAACCUAUUAUAUUGGAUUCAUCGGCAAAACCAGCAAAAGAUUCAAAUGUAACAGAUCAUUUGUCAAAAGUGCCGUUAAAAAUGGUCACUCACGGAUGGGAAUCGUCGGCGGAUAAAAACGCUGUUAUGAAUAUAAAAAAUGCAUACUUAGCUACUAAGGAUGUAACUGUAAUAGCGGUUGACUGGAGUCCGAUUGCUGAGUCAGCCCUUUACCCAAUCGUAGCGUAUCAGACUAAAGAUGUUGGGGCUUACAUAGGACAGUUUUUAGACGCACUGAGUGAUCGCUAUAAUGUGAAUGGGAAUCAAGUACAUCUUAUUGGCCAUAGUUUAGGCGCUCAUGUUAUGGGAAGAGCCGCAUCGACUAGCAAACUUACCGUGAAUCGAAUUACAGGUAGUUUAGAUCCCGCACGUCCUUUUUUCGAGGUUCCAGAGACGUCAGAAAAAUUAGACUCCACAGACGCGAACUUUGUUGAUGUUAUUCACACCUGCGCCGGUCUCCUCGGAGUCUUCAAUGGUGUUGGACACGCUGAUUACUACCCUAAUGACGGAAUUGCACCGCAACCAGGCUGUCAAGGCUUACAAGGUUAUAUGGAGGCAUGCAGUCAUAGCCGGGCCCACUAUUUAUAUACGGAAUCAAUUUACAAUCCUAAAGCUUUCCCGGCUUAUCAAUGCGCCGAUUGGUCGGAUUAUGUUCGAGGAAACUGUACCCCCAGCUCUUACUUAGGAGAAAGCGCCAACCCUCACGCUCUUGGCCAUUUUUACUUACAAACCAAUCAAUAUUCGCCCUACGGUCGGGGACAUGAAAUAGAUAAGAAGAAAUAAAAAACCUAAUACGUGGUGAACAGCCGGUUAUAAAACGGCAGUGCAAGUCAUUACUUAAAUAACGUGUUAACUUGCCGAUUACAAUGCUCAGACCACACAGAGGCGACCGCGGGAAACUGCUGCCACACUGAA